CAUAAAUCUAGCCGAGAAAACAGGCAUCAAAUCAUAAGCUUGUAGCUCCUUUGGCUCCUCUAUGCUUUAAAGUCUCCCCGGGUAAGUACUAGUGAGACGGUUUACUAGAUUUUUGAGAAACUUAUGAUUUAUAAAUGUUGUUUUAGUAUGGUUCUGUACGCUUAAACUAAGGGCGCCAGACAAUUCUCUUGGUAAUCUGAAUUUUCUUUUUAAUCAACACUAUCCAGCCAGGGGCCCGUUUCUCGAAAGUCCCGGUAACUUUUCGAACCCGAAAUCAAAUAUUCAGAUCGACAUAUAAAGAAUAAGAGCGCGGGUCCUGGCUAGCAGACUACUCCAUUUUGUUUCAUUAACUGAUACUUUUUUCCUCCUUGAUGCAAAACUAUUGAAACCUCGAUCUUUAAUGUAAACGGAAACUGCUUACCGGGCCCGUUAAUUAUCGGGACUUUCGAGAAACGGGCCCCAGAUCAGUUAAACUCUACAUAGCUGGCACGAACCUCUUGGAAAAAGCCUAUUUCAUUGUCAAAAUGACUUGUCCGCCAUGGUCCAGCUGCCGGCCAGUUCUAACUUUUGGAAGGCGCCCUAAAUAGCCCUGUUUACUUAACAUGAUGCUACACUCGGAGUUUUUUGUGCGGAUAGAAAAAAAAGAAGAAAUAGAAGGUUGGGACCACGUCUGUGAACUAAUUCUCCUUUAUUUUCUUGUCAUAAUUGUUCAAAGACAUUAGCGCCAACCCGGGGUUAAAUUUUGAUUCGAGUUUGGGUUUCUUUUGUUCAAAAGCAGUUUGUGUACUGUAGAGGUAUAUAUUGUGUUUAAGUAAAGGUUCCACCUUACAACUAAAUGGCCCAGAUUUCGUUUACUUAAAAGGUUGUAUUUUGUCUGGUGUAUUUCUCUAUUCUUUUUACAGCAUCCAAUCAUCAAAUUUUAAACAAAAAGAAUUCAACCAAAUUUGUUGUUUAAGCGUUCAUAUCUAAAGUCAAAUUUUGGACUAACCGUGGCACUUAUGAAAACCCAGCUUUGAACAGCCCCAGCCUCGCUGGAUAUCUACCAAGUUCUCAGUAUUUUUAUUUAAUAGAGAGCACUGUAAAGGUUUGUGAGUUGUUCUUCACGCUCUUGUGGUACACAAAAAUGUUAUUGUCUUUGCCAGCUAAAAUCACAAAAUAUGAAACCUCUGAUCAAAGUCAGAUUCUAUUAUAACGAUGCAUACUUUGUUUUCUUUUUCAGUUUUUUUAAAAUCGUUCUGUCGUCAAAGAAGACUGGAAAAUGAAUCUGUUGGGUAUUGUGGCUCUUAGUAUCCUGGCUGUGGGUGAUGCUAACGGGGACUGGGAAGCAGGGUUGAAAGCUGAGGAUCUUGCCAUCCGAAGAUGGCGUAAAGGUGAUCUUACUCAAGGGUCUAGAGGCUACUUCCACAGGGAAAUUUUGAAUUUGUGUUCUUAAAUUGCAAGAAAUGCAACUAAAACUAAUAUAACUCUUUAGCUAUUUCAUUACCUCAAUAGCUCGCAAAGUCGAAAAGCUGGCGCUCCCGUGAAUUGGAAAUUCAUCGGUGGAAAGAUACUCAAAUUGGCCGUUCUCAGGAGUAUUUGAAGAUGACAUAAACCUCUUGCGUUGGUGGAAAUUGUCUUCCGACUCCUUCGACGAGUAUUUACCUCGUUGUCGCGGCACGGCCACACAAAUGAGUUUCAGCCAUAAAUAAUCAGAAUUACAACAUGGCAUGUUUAAUUUUCUAAAAGAUGUUUUCAUGUCCUUUGAGAGCAAGGUAAAAUAUUCUCGUCAGAUCUGACGUGGCAUAGUAACGUUAACUACUUCCAAGUAUAUUCCAAUAAUUUUAAUUUGAAGACGAAGAAUAAAAAAAUGAUUCAUACAAGUAAAUGAAGACAAUCCCCUAUCAAGAGUUACAGUCACUGAUAAAAUAUUCAUUCAUCUACUCUUUUUUGUCAAAAUUUAAUCAGUGCGGAUUUUUAGCUCAAAAUUGGGCGUCUCCCAACACCGUUUCUUUGCGCAAUGUUUAGCUGGAUUUUUAGCAACAUUCGUGAGCUAUUUCAACAGAAAAAUAGAAAAAAAUGGACGAGAAUCAGUCAUGUCAGUUAGGAAAAUUUAAUCACAGACUUUUGCCAAAAUGUGACAUGAGUAAUAAAUAACUGAAGAGCAACUGAAGUAGUCGGUUCUUUGUCCUAGAAGAGUGUUAAAAAAAAAACACAAAUAAAAAUACACUGAAAAUAGAGGAUUACAUUAACUGCAAAAACCGUGGACGAAGAUCCUACUAGUUGGAAACGUUGGAUCUCUAGAAAAUAGAUCUAAUCAGACAAAAUAUAAAGAACCAAAAACGAGAAGCCCAAAGACUACUGCAAAGCUGAUUCAGAACAACGUGUAUUGUUUUUUCAUAACAAUAUUUCGGCUGGCCGUACCAGCCUUCUUCAGGUUUACAGAUGUUACUGAACUUAUGUAGGAAUCACAAUAUUAUACAGAUGGAGAAUGUAGCAAUAAAACACUGAAAAUAGAGGUAGCAUAUAACAACCCAAUCCUUACCCCACCCCCCCUCCCCCGCCGGGCCCGCCCCACCCAGCUCCUCCCUCCAAAUUGUACGUGGGAGGUAUAAGUUACCAAUUUACUUUUACAGGCAUGCGCAAUUCCUGUGUGAGACUCAACGAAGGGGCCAAGUGCAUCAAAAUAGGUAAACCCUGCCCACCCGGAACUGAAGGGUGCUGUGAUAAGUUCUCUUGCUGGAAGAGAAACACAAGAUGCUGCUGCCUGAAACCUGAGACGACGGCUAACCCAACGACUGUGCCGACGACUGCCGAGCCGACACUUGAGCCGACGACUGUGUUACGUUCAGGUAGAUUAAGAAUUUUUAAAAUGAAAACAUCUCAAUUAAGGAGACACUAAAGGAAUAUGCUGGCAUAAUUAUUGCUUUAAAAAUAUAAGAAAGCAGCUUAAGGCCUGGUUCCUUUACAGAUUUUUCAAAUUAUAUUAUGGGGAGUGGUAUAUUGUAAAGUGUUUUCGACGGGUCCUAACAACAUAGUAUCAUAUCUUGAUUCUCAGCCAAGAGGGUUGUUCAUGCUUUAUUUUUUGAUACUUCUUCUGCAUCCAGGAUAGAUUUAUGGGAUAGCACUUUCUUUGGUCUUCCGUAGUAGAAAUCGACUGGCAUACUCUAAACUGUACAAUCUCGACCUGAAAAGAUCUCAACAUAAAAUCAGCGUUAUCACACUUACUGUAAUCUCACAGUGAGAACUUUCUCCUCUGGUUCCUGCUUAGUAGCAAAGAAAUCAUUCUUUAAGCUCAAUUCAUCAUCUCGUUCUCAAAAGAAGUAAUUGGUGAUUUGUAUCUUUUGUUCCCACAAUUAAGAUUGUCACGUUGUAUAUGACUUCGAAGACCAAGAUUUAUCAACGUGGAAUUUGACCGGAGAUGCAUUCAAUAAUCAGCCAACAUACGGGGAUAACCCUCACGCAAGAGAGGAGGGCCGACAUUCCAACCACCAAGGGGAUUAUUGGAUUGGUACCUUCGAGAAUCGGCCCGGUCCCAAUUAUCCGGCUGGCGGAAUGCAAGGUGAAGGUCCUCAAGGCACAAUGACGUCACCCAGUUUUCUGCUUUAUGCAAAAUACCUGAAGUUCCUGAUUGGUGGAGGUUGCGUUGAAGUUUAUACUCCGGUUCACGCUCAGCUUCUUAUUGAUGGAAGAGUAGUUCUGGAGGAGACACCUAAAUCGUGCGUCGAUAAAAUGACAGAGAAAACAUGGAACAUCGCGACAUAUCUGGGUAAAAACGCCCAGUUUCGUUUGAUUGACAAGUCCUCAGCGUUUUGGGGUCACAUUAAUUUUGAUAACCUUCGACAAUGCCAGCGAAUGCUAAUCGGGUAA